AUGGGCAGGGAGCAGAGACAGCAGAGGGAAAGGGCAGCAGAGCUCCGCAUCCAGCGAUCACAGAGCCGCAGCAGCCUGUCCGCCUCCUUCGAAGCACUAGCUGGAUACUUCCCGUGUAUGAACUCGCUGGAGGAGGAUGAAGAAGUUGGAGGUAAAAAGUUAAAAAGCACGAUCCAACGAAGUACAGAAAACUGGACUAGCAGUGGAGAUGAGAAAUUGGAUGACCAGACAAGCAAGUCGAGAGUCUAACGAUGGGAGUAUGAACAGUUACAGCUCUGAGGGAAACUUAAUAUUUCCUGGGGUCCGGUUGGGUUCUGACAGCCAAUUUAGUGACUUCUUGGAUGGAUUAGGUCCUGCACAGCUCGUUGGAAGACAGACCUUAGCAACUCCUUCAAUGGGGGACAUUCAGGUUGGAAUGAUGGAUAAGAAGGGACAGUUGGAGGUGGAAGUUAUACGAGCACGUGGGCUUGUAGUAAAACCAGGGUCCAAGACACUGCCAGCACCGUAUGUAAAGGUGUAUCUAUUAGAAAAUGGAGUUUGCAUAGCCAAAAAGAAAACAAAGGUAGCAAGAAAAACGCUGGAGCCUUUAUACCAGCAACUGUUAUCUUUUGAAGAAUCACCUCAAGGAAAGGUCUUACAGAUAAUUGUGUGGGGUGACUAUGGACGUAUGGAUCAUAAAUCUUUUAUGGGUGUGGCACAGAUACUUUUAGAUGAACUGGACCUGUCCAAUAUGGUGAUUGGAUGGUUUAAACUAUUUCCCCCCUCCUCUCUAGUAGACCCAACAUUGGCUCCUUUAACCAGGAGAGCGUCUCAGUCAUCUCUUGAAAGUUCCACGGGACCUUCUUAUUCUAGGUCAUAG